UUUCCUAUCAUUAGCACAACAGCUAAUAGAAUCUAUUUACCCAAAAUGUUCUCCAAGGUCCUGUGUCUCGUAGCUAUCGUAGCUUCCCUGGAAGCGGUGUACGGCCAUGGUCAUGGUUUCUCCUCCCAAUACAUCCACCGUCACGAUGGUCCUGCAGAAAUUGUCCAUGUUCAAGGCCACGAUGGCGGUCAUGGUGGAUACGGUCAUGGUCAUGGACACGACGGUGGUCAUGGACACGUUGACUACUAUGCGUACCCCAAAUACGAGUUCGGAUACAAGGUAGAGGACCCUCAUACCGGAGACAUCAAGUCCCAGCACGAGCACCGCGACGGUGACGUCGUCAAGGGUUACUACGCCCUGCACCAGCCUGAUGGCUCGGUCAGACACGUUGAAUACCACGGUGACAAGCACUCUGGUUUCCACGCUGAUGUGAAGCACAGCACCCACCACAUCGUGCCCCACCACCACGCCCACUACUGAUUUGAGCCUCAACUGUGAUAUAUACUACCUUUACUUUUCUCAUACCAAACUGUGAUUUAAUGUUUAAUUGUUGCUGAGUUUAUAUUUUUUAUAUUACACGUUUCAAUU